AUGCCUGUGUCGGCUGGCAACGAUUAUUAUUCGUAUUCGCCGCGGCCCUUUGUCGUGGCGUCCGCUGCAGUAGCCCUUCCGAACUUCUCGUCCCCGGCGCCAGCGGCUGUGGGGAUGUCGCCUCUUCCCGCACCUCGAUCUGCGCCGUCAUCCGUGACUCAGGCUGGCCCUGUCCUUGCGCCUGCUGCGGCGCCAGUUCCUGUCGUGGCGUUGUUGUCUGCGCCUGCCGUGGCACUUGGUCAUGCGCCCGCGUCGUCGCCUGCUCCAGCGCACGCCUCGGCGUCUGCUCCUGCGCCCGCUCCUGUGCUGGCUGCGUCGUCCGAUCCUACGCAAACUCCUGCGCCCGCGCCGGUGGUUCCACCUGUCCCCGUGGGGGUGUCGACGCCCAUGCCUGUUAUCGCGGCGUCGUCUGCUGCUGCUGUAGCUGCCUCCGUGCCACCACCGGUUGCGCCUGCCGUGGCGCCUUCUGCUGCCGAUGCGGACCCGACUUACCAGCCCCCUCCAGCCACCAGCGCCGGCCUGAGCUCGGCGGAGCUCCCCCCGCUCAACGUCCUCCUUCCCCGGGCCGUCGGCAGCAUCGGCCUCAUUCCCCUGUGCCACGUGACGAGCGGGAGACAUCCCGGCGGCGGCACGAUUCACCUCGGCGCCGUGGUUCGCAGGCGAACUGGGCUGCACCCCGUGGCGGCCGAGGUGGCUGGUGGGGAGGGCGUGGUCGCGGUGGCGGCUGGGUGUAUGAGCAGCCGGUGA